CAGCCUUCGGAAAUAGCACCCGGAACAGGGUCUCCUAGAGAGCAGAGCAGAGUCGCAAAGAGCCGAAUAGAGCCUGAGAGACCCGAGUACGACCCGAGAAGCGUAGGCUGGCCGGAAGCGGAGCCGAGCGCAACCGGAAGGAGCCGAGCGCGGCAAGGUGUUGGGCCCGGCUGAGCCCGCGCCAUGGCGGCCGAGGGGGCUGCUGUGGCCGAAGGUGGGGCUGUCGGAGGCUGCUUGGCUAAGGACAGCUUGCGGCCGUCGAAAUGCCCCGACACGGCCCCGAACCGACGGCGCGACUCGGUGCGGUCGCGAGACGCCGAGCGCCGAGCCUACCAGUGGUGCCGGGAGUACCUGGGCGGGGCCUGGCGCCGAGUGCGGCCGGAGGAGCUGAGGGUUGACCCCGUGAGCGGAGGCCUCAGUAACCUGCUCUUCCGCUGCUCGCUGCCGGACCACCUGUCCAGCGUCGGCGAGGAGCCCCGGGAGGUGCUGCUGCGGCUGUAUGGGGCCAUCCUGCAGGGCGUGGACUCCUUAGUCCUUGAAAGUGUGAUGUUCGCCAUCCUUGCAGAGCGGUCGCUGGGGCCCCAGCUCUACGGAGUCUUUCCAGAGGGCCGGCUGGAACAGUACAUCCCAAGCCGGCCACUGAAGACCCACGAGCUUCGAGAGCCGGUGUUGUCUGCAGCCAUCGCCACGAAGAUGGCCCGGUUCCACGGCAUGGAGAUGCCUUUCACUAAGGAGCCCCACUGGCUAUUUGGGACCAUGGAGCGGUACUUAAAGCAGAUCCAGGACCUGCCCCCCACUGGCCUCUCCCAGAUGAACCUGCUGGAGAUGUACAACUUGAAGAUUGAGAUGGGCAACCUCAGGAAGUUGCUAGACUCCACCCCAUCACCAGUGGUCUUCUGCCACAAUGAUAUCCAGGAAGGGAACAUCUUACUGCUUUCAGAACCAGAAAAUGCCGACAGCCUCAUGCUAGUUGACUUCGAGUACAGCAGUUAUAACUACAGGGGCUUUGACAUUGGGAAUCAUUUUUGUGAGUGGGUUUACGAUUAUACUCACGAGGAAUGGCCUUUCUACAGAGCGCAGCCUGCAAACUACCCCCGGGGACAGCAGCUCCAUUUUAUUCGCCACUACCUGGCGGAGGUAAAGAAAGGUGAGACCAUCUCCCCAGAGGAGCAGAAGAAACUGGAAGCAGAUUUGCUGGUAGAGGUUAAUCGGUAUGCUCUGGCAUCUCAUUUCUUUUGGGGUCUCUGGUCCAUCCUCCAGGCAUCCAUGUCCACUAUAGAAUUUGGUUACAUGGAGUAUGCCCAGUCUCGGUUCCAGUUCUACUUCCAGCAGAAGGGACAGCUGACCAACUUCCACUCCUCGUCCUGACUCUCCACCCCCAACUCCUUGGAUUUCUCCCAGAGCCUCCAGGGCAGGACCUUGGAGGGACAAAAGGGAGGCCCUGGGGAUUGGGCUGAGCCCCUGAGUGAGACUGGGGUUAAAGAGGCUGACUCCUUGGUGGUCCCACUGCAGGCAACUGGACAGCUGUGUACCUUAAGACAAUAAACUAGCUUCUUCCUUCA